AUGUGGUGCCUGCUGCUGUCAGCGCUGCCGGUAUUUCACAGCCAGACAACAAUGGAGGAUCUCUGGAGAAAGUCCUGCUUCGGCUUUCUGGAUUAUAAAACGGAGAAGUUUGCACUGAUCAGGAACAGAAAGGUCGGCGUCCUGCACCGCCUGCUCCAGCUGGUGAUCCUGGGCUAUAUCCUCGGAUGGGUGCUCCUAGCCAAAAAGGGCUACCAGGAAAAGGACAACGACCCCCAUGUCUCUGUGAUCACCAAACUGAAAGGGGUUUCAGCCACACACAUCAAAGAGUUUGGACACCAGCUGUGGGAUGUGGCAGAUUACGUGAAGCCCGCUCAGGGAGAAAAUGUCUUCUUUUUGGUGACCAAUCUCAUUGCUACUCCGAAGCAAGUGCAAGGGACAUGCCCAGAGCACCCUUCUGUUCCCAAUGGAAACUGCAAGAGAGAUUUGGACUGUCCUGCAGGACAGCCUGUGGUCCAUGGAAAUGGUGUGAAGACAGGGAAGUGUGUCCAUUAUAACACCUCUCGGAGUACCUGCGAGAUCUAUGGGUGGUGUCCAGUGGAAAACAGGACCUUGCCCAGGAAACCACUCUUGGCUGCAGCAGAGAAUUUCACUCUCUUUAUUAAAAACACAGUCAACUUUACCAAGUUUAACUUCUCCAGGACCAACACUUUGAAGACAACCGAUGACUCCUACUUCAAGGGCUGCAGAUACGAGGCUCUUGCUGAUCCUUAUUGCCCCGUCUUCCGUAUUCACGACAUGGUCAAGGCUACUGGAGAGAGCUUUGAGGAGCUUGCGCGCUGGGGGGGAGCCAUCGGCCUGCGUAUCGACUGGAACUGCGACUUAGACCAGCCGCCUUCUGCCUGCCAGCCCUGCUACUCCUUCAGCCUGCUGGAAAAGAAAUUCAAUUUCAGAACUGCCACCUAUUAUUGGGACCCGUUACAUCGGCAUUCCAGGAGCCUGCUGAAACUCUAUGGCAUCCGCUUCGACAUUUCUGUCCACGGCCAGGCUGGAAAGUUUAGCAUCAUACCCACUGCUGUCAACUUGGGCACGGGGGCUGUGCUUCUUGGUGCCGCCACCAUUCUUUGCGAUCUCGUUCUGCUGUACCUUGAUACCAAAGCCGAAUUCUAUCGGGGCGAGAAGUAUGAGGAGGCAGAGCCGCCUAAAGACGAAGUCAAGACGGCCUCAUAG